AUGUCGAAUUUAUCAAAGCUUGAGUUCGUGGCACUUGACAUUUCUGAAAAUAAUUACUUAUCAUGGGUACUCGAUGCUAAAGUUCACCUUGACGCUAAAGGUCUUGGUGCCACUAUUACUAAUGGUAAUACAACGUUGAGUCAAGACAAAGUAAAGGCAAUGAUUUUCCUUCGUCAUCAUUUGGAUGAAGGAUUGAAGGUUGAAUACCUUACGGUGAAAGAUCCACUUGAAUUGUGGACUGGUUUGAAGGAAAGGUCUGACCACCUUAAGGCAACGGUAUUGCCAAGGGCUCGUUAUGAAUGGAUUCACUUACGGUUACAAGAUUUUAAAACUAUAUGUGAAUAUAAUUCUGUUGUAUACAAAAUUACUUCCCAAAUGAAAUUAUGUGAGGAAGAUGUAAAAGAUGAGGACAUGUUGGAAAAGACUCUCCCAACUUUUCACACCUCAAAUUUGGUAUUACACCAUCGAUACCGUGAAAGGGGAUUCAAAAAAUAUUCUGAGUUGAUCUCAUGCCUUCUUGUGGCUGAGCAACAUAAUACUCCUUUAUUGAAAACCCAUGAGGCCUGUCCCACGGGAACUGCUCUGUUAUCGAAAGCAAAUGAGGUUGAAGCACAUGGCCAGUCUAAAGAAGAUGAAAUAAAAAUCAGGGCCAAAAUAAUGUGUGGAUGUGGCAAUGGCAGAGGACGAUAUAAUAAUCGUUGUCGUGGUGGUCACCACAAAAGGGAGAACAAUAUGGGUUCUCAAAGCAAUCCUUUAAGAGGCAAUUGUCGUCGUUGUGGCAUGAAAGAGCAUUGGAAGAAUGAAUGCAGAGCAGCUGAACAAUUUGUUAGACUUUAUCAAGAUUCUUUGAAAAGAAAAGGAAAUAAAAAUGGUGCAUCUUCUUCUAAUGCUCGGGUGGAGUCACACUUGACUUAUAAAAAAUGA